AUGGUCAGGAUAUCAUGGCUGAGCCUGAGUGCUCUGGUGCCGUUGGUAGUCUGUGACUACACAAUCACUCUUACGCCGUCGUCCGGUCUACUUGUUACCGAUGGCAACACCACUUUGGUGGAUAAUACUGCAAUUCUGGCCGGCGCACAGAAUACCACAGCUGGUGCGCUGAGGAAUACCACGCAAGGACUUACAUACGCGUUCAUCUCGCCUACGGUCGCCAAGGUCACACUGAACACAUCGAAUGCUUUCCACGGUGCGCGGUUCUCCGCAUCCAAAACAACUCGUUUCUAUGGAGUCUGGGAGUACCCCUUCAGCAGUCGAAUCGACAAUGCAAAUGUCGCUUUCGAACUCAAGGGCGUCGGAAACAAUGUUGGCAUCAACUGGAGUAACGCACGUGCCCCGUUUUUCCUUACGUCUGCCGGGUACGGCGUAUAUGCGGACACGUUGAAGAUGGGAUCGUAUGAUUUCACGACGCCGGGAGAAGCACAGUUCAUCUUCAACAGUAGCAGCCUAGUAUACUAUAUUAUCCUGCCUAAAGAUGAUGGAGGCUUGAAGAGCGUCAUCGAACAAUAUACGGGACUCAGUGCGAGAAGUGAAAUACCUCCUACUUCUGGAUUAGGUCCGACUUUCUGGUCUGACGACUUCACUUUAGAUUUUCAUGGCAAUGUGUCGAAUGCACAGGAGAAUAUUCAGGAUGUUGUUGACCAUUUGUACAACAACCGCAUCCGAGCUACCUCGAUUUUUGCAGACAGGCCGUACGGUAGUGGGAAUAGAUCGUGGGGCAACUUUGACUUCGAUCCCAAACAAUAUCCGGAUCCAGCCUCGUUCAUUCAGAAUCUUACCGAAGUUUCAGGCAUGGACUUCCAGGUGUGGACCGCGAACCGAGCGCAGUACGGCACAAAGCUCUACAACGCCUCUACCCAGGAUCGGUGGUUGUUCCCUGAUGAUCAUCCCGUAGGCGGUCUCGGAGAAGCACUGAAUCUCUCCAUACCAGCUGCGUACAACUACUUCGACGAGUCCCUGAAAUACUUCGCUGCGGUAGGAGUCAAAGGCUACAAAAUCGAUAGAGGCGAGGAAGGCGAAAUGCCUGACUACGUACAAAACGAACAAAUGGCACUUUUCCUGGAUCUGGCCUAUGAUUCGAUGGUUGGAACUUGGGGCAAAGGUGGCUUCUACAAUUUUGCGCGUUCAGCAGUAGAUCGCAGCAGAGCGAAGACGCACGUAUGGAACGGCGACAGCAGUGCUAAUUUUACCGGCCUUGCGUACAGCGUUGCGUCCGGUAUACGAUCUGGGCUCAUCAGCUUCGGCAUUUGGGGCUCUGACACAGGAGGAUACACAAGAGAGGGCGCUUUGACACCGUCACCAGAAGUGUGGGCAAGGUGGAUGUGGUUCAGCGCAUUUUCUCCUGUUUAUGAGCUCAUGCUCGGUACGAAUCACACGCCUUGGUAUCCGCCCUACGAUAACACGAGCACACUGGCUGUCAUGAAGCAAACGGCUAACUUGCAUGCGGACCUCUUGCCAUACAUUCGAUCUUAUACCAACGACGUCUCUAAGACAGGGCUGCCACUCAUUCGUGCGCUGUUCCUAGAGGCCGAAAAAGAUGAGAAGACUUGGGACAUCAACGACUCAUAUUUCUUUGGAAGCGAAUUCCUGGUCGCACCUAUUGUUAACGCUGGCGGCUCUCGCAGUGUCUACUUCCCAAUCGGGCCUUCCAAAUCGUACCUCGAAUACUUCAACAAGACGCAGGUGUACACAGCAGGCACAUCGGCUAAUAUAUCCUCACCUCUGACCUCUAUGCCAGUCUUUGUGAAACAAGGCGCCAUCAUUCCACGAGGUGAUGUCUAUCAAGGCAACGCAAAGUGGAUUGAAGGUUGGACUCCUGAUCUUAGGCUAGAGUUAUAUCCAAGCUUUGAUGUGCCGGAGAGCAGAUUCACUUAUUACGGCGGAGGAGCCGAGAACGAGAUUGUCUUGAAGACAAACAAGGCAGAUAGAAGUGCGACUGUUGAUACGGGCGGCUUAGAGUUUAAUGGAUGGGGCGUCAAGAUAGUAUGGUUCUUGAGAGGCGCAGAGGAGGGCAGAAUUAUGGACAUGACGACAGAGGGUGAAGGAGGGUCGCUGAAGGUGACGAACAUAGAGACUUUGUUCUAG